AUGGCAGGGCUGACAGGGAAGCUGACAGCGACGCACGGAACCGGGAUAAUGCUUGUGACGGCCAACCUAGGGUCCCUGUUUGAAGACUGUGUUUGGUUCUGCCCAGUGUGUUUGGUUCUGCCCAUGUGUUUGGUUCUGCCCAGUGUGUUUGGUUCUGCACAUGUGUGUUUGGUUCUGCACAUGUGUGUUUGGUUCUGCCCAGUGUGUUUGGUUCUGCCCAGUGUGUUUGGUUCUGCCCAGUGUGUUUGGUUCUGCCCAGUGUGUUUGGUUCUGCCCAGUGUGUUUGGUUCUGCCCAGUGUGUUUGGUUCUGCCCAUGUGUUUGGUUCUGCCCAGUGUGUUUGGUUCUGCACAUGUGUGUUUGGUUCUGCACAUGUGUGUUUGGUUCUGCCCAGUGUGUUUGGUUCUGCCCAGUGUGUUUGGUUCUGCCCAGUGUGUUUGGUUCUGCACAUGUGUGUUUGGUUCUGCCCAGUGUGUUUGGUUCUGCCCAGUGUGUUUGGUUCUGCCCAUGUGUUUGGUUCUGCCCAGUGUGUUUGGUUCUGCACAUGUGUGUUUGGUUCUGCACAUGUGUGUUUGGUUCUGCCCAGUGUGUUUGGUUCUGCACAUGUGUGUUUGGUUCUGCCCAGUGUGUUUGGUUCUGCCCAGUGUGUUUGGUUCUGCCCAGUGUGUUUGGUUCUGCACAUGUGUGUUGGGUUCUGCCCAGUGUGUUUGGUUCUGCCCAGUGUGUUUGGUUCUGCCCAGUGUGUUUGGUUCUGCCCAGUGUGUUUGGUUCUGCCCAGUGUGUUUGGUUCUGCCCAGUGUGUUUGGUUCUGCCCAUGUGUUUGGUUCUGCCCAGUGUGUUUGGUUCUGCACAUGUGUGUUUGGUUCUGCACAUGUGUGUUUGGUUCUGCCCAGUGUGUUUGGUUCUGCACAUGUGUUUGGUUCUGCCCAGUGUGUUUGGUUCUGCACAUGUGUGUUUGGUUCUGCCCAGUGUGUUUGGUUCUGCCCAGUGUGUUUGGUUCUGCACAUGUGUGUUUGGUUCUGAACAUGUGUGUUUGGUUCUGCCCAGUGUGUUUGGUUCUGCCCAGUGUGUUUGGUUCUGCCCAGUGUGUUUGGUUAUGCACAUGUGUGUUUGGUUCUGCCCUGUGUGUUUGGUUCUGCCCAGUGUGUUUGGUUCUGCCCAGUGUGUUUGGUUCUGCACAUGUGUGUUGGGUUCUGCCCAGUGUGUUUGGUUCUGCCCAGUGUGUUUGGUUCUGCCCAGUGUGUUUGGUUCUGCCCAGUGUGUUUGGUUCUGCCCAGUGUGUUUGGUUCUGCCCAGUGUGUUUGGUUCUGCCCAUGUGUUUGGUUCUGCCCAGUGUGUUUGGUUCUGCACAUGUGUGUUUGGUUCUGCACAUGUGUGUUUGGUUCUGCCCAGUGUGUUUGGUUCUGCACAUGUGUUUGGUUCUGCCCAGUGUGUUUGGUUCUGCCCAGUGUGUUUGGUUCUGCCCAGUGUGUUUGGUUCUGCCCAUGUGUUUGGUUCUGCCCAGUGUGUUUGGUUCUGCACAUGUGUGUUUGGUUCUGCACAUGUGUGUUUGGUUCUGCCCAGUGUGUUUGGUUCUGCCCAUGUGUUUGGUUCUGCCCAGUGUGUUUGGUUCUGCACAUGUGUGUUUGGUUCUGCACAUGUGUGUUUGGUUCUGCCCAGUGUGUUUGGUUCUGCCCAGUGUGUUUGGUUCUGCCCAGUGUGUUUGGUUCUGCCCAGUGUGUUUGGUUCUGCACAUGUGUGUUUGGUUCUGCCCAGUGUGUUUGGUUCUGCCCAGUGUGUUUGGUUCUGCCCAGUGUGUUUGGUUCUGCCCAGUGUGUUUGGUUCUGCACAUGUGUGUUUGGUUCUGCCCAGUGUGUUUGGUUCUGCACAUGUGUGUUUGGUUCUGCCCAGUGUGUUUGGUUCUGCCCAGUGUGUUUGCUUCUGCCCAGUGUGUUUGGUUCUGCCCAGUGUGUUUGGUUCUGCCCAGUGUGUUUGGUUCUGCCCAGUGUGUUGGGUUCUGCCCAGUGUGUUUGGUUCUGCCCAGUGUGUUUGGUUCUGCCCAGUGUGUUUGGUUCUGCCCAGUGUGUUUGGUUCUGCACAUGUGUGUUUGGUUCUGCCCAGUGUGUUUGGUUCUGCCCAGUGUGUUUGGUUCUGCCCAGUGUGUUUGGUUCUGCCCAGUGUGUUUGGUUCUGCCCAGUGUGUUUGGUUCUGCCCAGUGUGUUUGGUUCUGCCCAGUGUGUUUGGUUCUGCCCAGUGUGUUUGGUUCUGCCCAGUGUGUUUGGUUCUGCCCAGUGUGUUUGGUUCUGCACAUGUGUUUGGUUUUGCCCAGUGUGUUUGGUUCUGCCCAGUGUGUUUGGUUCUGCCCAGUGUGUUUGGUUCUGCCCAGUGUGUUUGGUUCUGCACGUGUGUUUGGUUCUGCCCAGUGUGUUUGGUUCUGCACAUGUGUGUUUGGUUCUGCCCAGUGUGUUUGGUUCUGCCCAGUGUGUUUGCUUCUGCCCAGUGUGUUUGGUUCUGCCCAGUGUGUUUGGUUCUGCCCAGUGUGUUUGGUUCUGCCCAGUGUGUUGGGUUCUGCCCAGUGUGUUUGGUUCUGCCCAGUGUGUUUGGUUCUGCACAUGUGUGUUUGGUUCUGCACAUGUGUGUUUGGUUCUGCCCAGUGUGUUUGGUUCUGCACAUGUGUUUGGUUCUGCCCAGUGUGUUUGGUUCUGCCCAGUGUGUUUGGUUCUGCCCAGUGUGUUUGGUUCUGCCCAUGUGUUUGGUUCUGCCCAGUGUGUUUGGUUCUGCACAUGUGUGUUUGGUUCUGCACAUGUGUGUUUGGUUCUGCACAUGUGUUUGGUUCUGCCCAUGUGUUUGGUUCUGCACAUGUGUUUGGUUCUGCACAUGUGUUUGGUUCUGCACAUGUGUUUGGUUCUGCACAUGUGUUUACGCGCAGGCUUCACGUUUGGUGCGUUUGGCGAACCUCAAAGCUGUGUGGAUGUGUGGUCACGACUUCUGUGUCAGUGUGGAGGUAGAACAUAUGAUCAAUCAGGUGUACAGCGGUGGUUUGUGGGUUUGUGGGGGUAUAGAACAUAUGAUCAAUCAGGUGUACAGCGGUGGUUUGUGGGUUUGUGGGGGUAUAGAACAUAUGAUCAAUCAGGUGUACAGCGGUGGUUUGUGGGUUUGUGGGGGUAUAGAACAUAUGAUCAAUCAGGUGUACAGCGGUGGUUUGUGGGUUUGUGGGGGUAUAGAACAUAUGAUCAAUCAGGUGUACAGCGGUGGUUUGUGGGUUUGUGGGGGUAUAGAACAUAUGAUCAAUCAGGUGUACAGCGGUGGUUUGUGGGUUUGUGGGGGUAUAGAACAUAUGAUCAAUCAGGUGUACAGCGGUGCAGUGACCUUUGACCCGGCUGCAGCUGGAGAGUAUCUGUGUCUGAGCAGGAUCAGUGACGACUGUGGGGGGUCAGAUCUGUGCAUAACACGGACGACUGUGGGGUCAGGGGUCAGAUCUGUUCCUAACACGGACGACUGUGGGGGGUCAGAUCUGUUCAUAACACGGACGACUGUGGGGUCAGGGGUCAGAUCUGUUCCUAACACGGACGACUGUGGGGGGUCAGAUCUGUUCCUAACACGGACGACUGUGGGGUCAGGGGUCAGAUCUGUUCAUAACACGGACGACUGUGGGGGGUCAGAUCUGUUCCUAACACGGACGACUGUGGGGUCAGGGGUCAGAUCUGUUCCUAACACGGACGACUGUGGGGGGUCAGAUCUGUUCAUGACACGGACGACUGUGGGGUCAGGGGUCAGAUCUGUUUAUGACACGGACGACUGUGGGGUCAGGGGUCAGAUCUGUUCGUACACUUCCUGA